GCCCCGCCCCCUCGGGACUUCUUUAAUGCAUUUUGUGAAUUAGACACAGGAAUACUUAGCGUUGGAGGAACAAGUGAAUGAAACCGAGAACAAGUAAUGUCCUGCCUAUAGGGUCUAGUGUAGCCCUUUCCCUGGACAAAGACGGUAGAUAUUGUAUUCCUGAUCUGUUUAUAUCUGAAGACCCCCGAGAUGUAGUAAACGCUCCCAGAGUCAUGGAGGGCAGAUCACUUUUGCUGUCAAGCCACCUUUCCCUCCCUCUCAACCCUUCCUCCUACCAUAUAAGGAGAGGCAGCUGCUAGAGGCCUCCUAGGAUCUAAAGAUAGAGGCCUUUCUUGGGACUCCAAAAGCCACGGGGCAGCUUGGAGCCACCAUGGAACGGUGAGUUUCAGGCCGUCAUAGUACAGGACCUACAUACUUUCCUGCCCGUUUCCCUGCAGAUUUUCUGCCCCCCAUCUUGUAGAGGCUGUUGAUUCCCAUCAGAGCCCCAGACUCCACGUCUCUGUGACUGGGUGAGAGGCGUUGUGGGAUCUGAAUGUACUUUCGAAUUCCUUACUUCCUUUGUCUCUCUGGGUUUAUUCUCGCCACCUGCACCCACUCCCACCACUCCCCUGACUGGUUCAAUGGCACCGCACACGACUCUCUGGUCUCCUCCCUCUACCUUUCCAUAUUGCCUUCAGUCUUGCCCACCCCUACCAAGCCCCACCUCCAACCUCUUCAGGCAGCACGCCCGGACUCUGUGGUACGACAGACCCAAAUAUGUUUUCAUGGAGUUUUGCGUUGAGGACAGCACUGACGUCAGUGUGCUCAUUGAGGACCACCGCAUCGUGUUCAGCUGCAGGAAUGGUGAUGGUGUGGAGCUGUACAACGAGAUUGAGUUCUAUGCCAAAGUGAACUCCAAGGACUCCCAGGAUAAGCGCUCUGGUCGCUCCAUUACUUGUUUUGUGAGGAAAUGGAAGGAGAAGGUGCCCUGGCCUCGACUCACCAAGGAGGAUAUAAAGCCCGUGUGGCUCUCUGUGGACUUCGAUAACUGGAGAGACUGGGAAGGAGAUGACGAGAUGGAGCUGACUCAGGUGGAACACUAUGCAGAGCUUUUGAACAAGGUCAGCACUAAGAGACCUCCCCCUGCCAUGGAUGAUCUGGACGAUGAUUCUGACAACUAACUAGCUCUCUGUGACAGUGGACCUGGGGAGGAGGCUGUAGCUACCUCCUGUCGUGCUGAAAAGCUAGGAUGGGCUCUCCUUCAACUCCUUCCUUGUGCAUCAGGAUCCACAGAGACCUCAGAACUCUUCCAGAAACUCUCUCUGAAGGGUCCCUCUCCAUGUGUUAGGUCUUCCCCCUGGGAACCUAAGUGUGGUCCUGCAUCAGAUGGGGUGGGGAGCUGACAGGUUGGGCUGCUGACUUCCCACUGAUUUGUGCUUGGGAUGCUUGGGUUUUUGGGACACGUGUUUAUAUGUGGUAAAGCAAAGGCCAAAGAAGAAAGAGAUUAUAAUAAAUUCUAGGAAUGAUCCUUCUCUUUCCUUCUUGCACUUUCCCCUCCCUGUGGAAAGCCCCUUCUUUCUCAGAGCUUCUGGCCACUUUUGCAGUGGGAAGAUGUUACACAGACUUCAUCUCACCCAGAUUGGUCCCUGUGACCCCUAGACCGUUAGCUUCCUGUACCUCUGUGGUCAAGAGUAUAUAGUGUUGUUUUUGUUUGUUUGUUUGUUUUCAGAAAAUGAGAGUUUGGCUCUCAGUGCCCAUACCAGGUGGCUCACAACCACCUGUAAUUUGGUGCACAUACACAUAAGUAAAAAAUAAAAUAUUUUAGGGCU